AAAAGUGUGGAAAAAAACGCCACAUCCCAAGUGAAGGAAGCUGUCCAGCGAGAAAUGGAGAAAAACAAAGUGGCUGAAGAGGAGAUUAAACAGCUUAAGCAACAACUCUCCAAUUUACAACAGAUGAAGGAGCAACAACAAAAGGAGAUUCAGGAUCUGGAGGAUCAGCUUAUGAAACAUAAACCUCUGGAGCGCUCCAAGGGAGGUCUUCUCCUCGGGCCUUCUAUGGUCCUUCUCUCACUUCUCCUUGCUGGCCUCCUCCUCUAGUCCGUUUGGACAUUGCCAAGUUUGGGUGGUGCACAAGUGUCAAGUCUCACCCUACUUCUUCUGCAUAACCACACUCCUCCUUCUGCAUGUGGAUUUGGGAGACUUCUGAGCUGCACCUCGUUAGGACAGGAACCUGAUUCUGAUGCCAGAUUUGGACAUCUAUCUACUGUGAUAACUUUUGACAUUUUUGGCCACAGCAGUGGAUUUGCUAGAGCUUGUAUUACAUUGCAUUGUUACACAGAGCUUGGCAAAUAAAGAUCAUUUUUGAUUAUAUUAAUAAUAACCUA